UUACCUAGUUUUGUAUACCUUUAGAUAUUUUAUAGAAGUUUACAAUGGAGAAGCAGAGUGAGGAUGAUUGUGGGGAGAAGAAACCGUUGCCAGAUGACUUCUGCGCGUUCCUGCCGUGGGCCUGCAACCAGUACCAGCUGGACUUCCUGGUGGUUAUCACACGGGAUUUACAGAAUGAAUACGUAAGUGUGGGCCAUCAUGAUCGCAUGAAAAAAGGGAAGAGCAAAGCAAAACUGACGUCACGGAUGGACGUCGACUCCGAAGACAGGGACGGCAAAAGCGAUGUCUUCGAUACAUCUUUCUCAACCACCAGCAAAACUCUUAAAAUAACAGCCCUAUACGACGCUAACGACAACCUAAUCAAAUUGAAAUUCCUAAAAAAUAAACUCAUUCCUCAGAAGAUUUGGAAAAUUAUCGGGCUCAUGAUCCAAUUUCAAACCUAUCUUACUAAUAUUACGAUUAAUGGUGGUCUUGAUCAGUAUACGAUUUACGAAAUCAGCAAGUUCCUUAAUACUUCUCAUCUCACUGAAUUAAUUCUCGACUAUUCUUUUCUGGGUGAAGCCAAUUAUUACUUACUAUUUGAGUCAGAGAAUCCCCUUCGCUAUAUAUCACUCGCUGGAUGUGGUAUCGAUAAUACUAUAGUUCAAACUAUUGCUUCAAGACUAGCCUAUCCCUUACCAGCGUCUAAAAAACUACGCAUCCUUAAUUUAUCAUCAAACAAAAUAACAGAUAGUGGAGCUAAACAUCUAGCCGAUACUCUUAGAUCUAAUAGACAUCUUACUUAUUUAAAUAUAGCUGGUAAUAGAAUCUCUGAUGUAGGUGCGUCAUAUUUAUUCGAUGUUUUAAGUGAAUUCCCGUUACUAACAGAUGAAAUAAUGCAAUCCAGACAAAGACACAUGGACUAUCUUAAACACAAAAACGACGUAAUCGCGAAGAUACUACAAGAUUUGAAAGCUGGUGAUUUCGAAAAAAGGGCCUCGAAGAGAAAAUCUCUUAGACCACCAUCGACUCCAUCUACUAAAAGGGGAAAACUUGAUAAAGAAGGUUCGUUGAAAUCUCUAGUCGACCCGAAUGCUAAAAGCCUCAUAAACGUAGAUAUGUUAUUAUAUGACAAAGCAAUUAAUAUGGCUGAAAAUGCCAUUGGUGAUUUUGAAGAUCCAUUUAGCUCAAGCAAUACAUGUGUUAGAGAUGGUAUUUUGUACUGUAAGGGCAAUAAUUCUCUCUCUUACUUAAAUAUUGGGUUCAAUAAUUUGAGUUAUGUUUCAUUGAAUAGAAUAUUGAAUGUACUCUUAUAUCAGAAGUCGUUAGAUAGACGGCCUUCUGGUUUAAUUAAUAUAGUUAUUGAAGGAAAUCCAAUGCCAGCGUCUAGUUUGAAGAUAAAUGAAAUAGAUGAUAUCAUAGAUAAAGGUUUAGAAUCGUUCAGGCGAAUGUCAGGGUUUAAAAAGCGACCACAUUCUAAAACCAUGAAAUGAUUGGGGCAGGGUUUUUUA